GAUGAUGAGGAGGAAGAUGAAAAUGAUGAUGAUUAUGAAGAUGAUGUUGAUGGCUAUGAUGAUGAUGUUGAUGAUGAUGAUGAUGUUGAUCAUGAAGUUUCGUUUGAUGAUGAUGAUGAUGAUGAUGACUAUGAUGAUGAUUCGGCUUACGAUGAUGGUGCUGAUGAUGAUGAUGAUGAUGAUGAUGAUGUUGAUGAUGAUUGUGUCGAUUUUGAUGAUGAUAAUGAUUCGAUUGAUGAUGAUGAGGUUGAUGACUCGGAUGACGAUGAAUCGGAUAAUGAUGAUGAAGAUGAUGAUUCGGUUGAUGAUGAUGAUGAUAAUGAUUCGGCUGACGAUGAUGAUGAUGAUGAUGAUGAUGAUAAUGACGAUGAAUAUGUUGAUGAUGAUGAUGAUGAUUCGGAUGCUGAUGAUGAUGAUGAUGAUGAUGAUGAUUCGGCUGACGAUGAUGAUGAUGAUGAGGAUGAUGAGAAUGAUGACGAUGAUGAUGAUAAUGACGAUGAUGAUGAUGAUGAUGAAGAUGACAAUGAUGACGACGACGAUGAUGAUGAUGAUGAUGAAGUUGAAAAUGAUGAUGAUGAUGAUUCGGAUGAUGAUGAUGAUGACGAUGAUGAUGAUUCUGCUGACGAUGAUGAUGAUGAUGAGGAUGAUGAUAACGAUGAUGAUGUUUCGA